AGCACGCAGUCGGUCUGUCUGUCAAUCCGUGAGUGAGCAGAUCGUCGCCCACUGUCCAGCCCCCUUCACGUCUCUAGAUCUCUCUCUGUGCCUUCUCUCCGGAGUCGGUUGCCCCCCCUCGCCCCUCCAAGAGAAGAGAUGGCUGCGUCGAUGCAUGCGGGUCGGUCUGUGCAGCUCCUCGUGGGGAGCGUGCUGCUUCUCUGCCUCAAAGUGGCAACGGUGAAUGCCGCCCAAGCUUGGGCAGUAACAGACUGGGCGGAUGCCCACGCGACGUUUUAUGGAGGAUCAGACGCGUCUGGAACGAUGGGUGGCGCUUGUGGAUAUGGAAACCUGUACUCGCUCGGGUACGGGACUUCAUCGACCGCCCUGAGCAACGCGCUCUUCAACAACGGGCUCAGCUGCGGAGCUUGCUUCUUGAUCCAGUGCAAGUUGGAGGGCAGCAAAUACUGCUACCCCGGCCAGAGCAUCACUGUCACCGCCACCAACGCCUGCCCCCCAGGCUCUGAGGGAGGCUGGUGCGACCCUCCAAGGUCCCACUUCGACCUGUCCUUCCCCAUGUUCCAGAAGCUCGCCCAGCCCGUCGGCGGUGUCAUCCCCGUCAGAUACAAGAGAGUGUCCUGCACCAAGCAAGGAGGUGUGCGCUUCACCCUCCACGGCAACCCCUACUUCAACUACGUCUUGGUCCACAAUGUUGCCGGCUGGGGAGAUGUUUCGUCUUUGGCGAUCAAGGGAGACCAGACUGGAUGGUACUACAUGAGCCAGAACUGGGGCCAGUACUGGUCUGCGAGCGCCAAGCUAACGGGACAGGCACUCUCCUUCAAAGUCACUCUGGGAAAUGGCAAGAGUCUGGAAUUUUACAAUGUCGCAGACAAGAACUGGGGAUUUGGCCAGACCUACGAGUCCGACUACAACUUCUAGUAUUAAAGUGAGGAAGUUUGCAUUUCCUCAUCAUCAUGCGUGGGAUUAGUAUAUGCCGACUUCAUGUAGUAUAAUUGGACGAUAUGAUGCCGAGCCGACCUAUCGAUCUUGAGAAAGCAAGUGUACAAAAAGAUCGACGCGAGUACCGGCUGCACGGUAAUCGACCGGAGUGCGUAAGGAUUGGAUAAUUUGAUUCUAUGAGAACUAGGAGCCGAGGUGCCGCUUACAACAGAAAGAGCCACCCGCCCCGUCUGCUUCUUUGCGGAAGAGGUGAAUAUUUGGGCAACACUGCCACCCGCUGCACAGUCGCAGAUAGAAGAGAUACCUGGGGCUAUCCUGACUUAGCAACUUCCGAAUGGAAGAUUGUUGGGAUGUGCAUAUAUAAACAUGCCCCACCAACGUCACCAAAUUGGUUCGAGACCUCACAUGGAUUCUAUUCAUGUAUUUUCUACGAUGGAACAAUCGAUGGUAUUAGUAAUAAAAAGUUUUUUUGGUGUACAUCAGACA